UUGCCGGUGCUGGAGCCGCCAUUGGAGCCGGCUUGGCUUGCGGGCUCCGCUGAGGAGCGGGAGGCUGGGCCGCACUUAAAGUCGCGUCGGCUCCUGGUCCCUGGCCCUUCAGCGGCAUGGCGUGCGGGGCGACGUUGAAGCGGCCCAUGGAGUUCGAGGCGGCGCUGCUGAGCCCCGGCUCCCCGAAGCGGCGGCGCUGCGCCCCUCUGCCCGGCCCCACUCCGGGCCUCAGGCCCCCGGACGCCGAGCCGCCGCCGCUGCUUCAGGCGCAGACCCCACCGCCGACUCUGCAGCAGCUCGCCCCGCCCGGCAGCGAGCGGCGCCUUCCAACCCCGGAGCAAAUUUUUCAGAACAUAAAACAAGAAUACAGUCGUUAUCAGAGGUGGAGACAUUUAGAAGUUGUUCUUAAUCAGAGUGAAGCUUGUACUUCGGAAAGUCAGCCUCACUCCUCAGCACUCACAGCACCUAGUUCGCCAGGUUCCUCCUGGAUGAAGAAGGACCAGCCCACCUUUACCCUCCGACAAGUUGGAAUAAUAUGUGAGCGUCUCUUAAAAGACUAUGAAGAUAAAAUUCGGGAGGAAUAUGAGCAAAUCCUCAAUACCAAACUAGCAGAACAAUAUGAAUCUUUUGUGAAAUUCACACAUGAUCAGAUUAUGCGACGAUAUGGGACAAGGCCAACAAGCUGUAAGUAUUGCGAAGUUUUUCAUUGAAUUUUUCAACUUCCAAGAGCAAGAUUUUGACACUGAGUACCUUGUCUCCUGAGAGCAGAAAGCCCCUAUGAAGUAAAAUAAUAGAUAACAUUUAAAGAAUACUUAUAUGUCCAGCACUGUGCUAAACCCUUUAAAUCCUCACAAAGUUUAUUUAAUCCACAAUUACCCUGUGGGGGAGGAACUAUCCCUAGUCCCAUUUUACAGGUAAGGAUAGCAUUUAAAGAAUUUAAAUAAUUUGUCCAGGCUCAUACAGCUAGUGGUUCAGCCAGGAUUAAAACCCCAGGUGGUCUGACUUCAGUGCCAAUUUGUUUAAUACCUGGCUUUUCCCUCAGAAAGGUAGUUUCAAUUGUUAAUUUAUGAAAGUUGAGUCCUUAAGCUAGCUUAUCAAGUGUGUGGUCAGAAUUUCUUAAUUCUAAACAUCUUGCAACUACCCAUUACUCAAAACAGAAAUUAUAAAUAGCUAUAUAUGUAAACUGAGUCUGAGUCAAGUUUCUUAAAUUCUUGCGAAUUUAGGACCUCUUUAGUGGUGAUUGAUAUCCUCUACUGUUUAUCACAUUUACCGUUAGUUAAUAUUAAAAAAGCAUGACACUAUAUUUUUAGUAUUCUUACACUCGUUUGUUUUUUAUUCCUAA